CCCCCCUCCGGUAUCGCCGCCGCCGUCCCCUCCUCCCCACCGCCCUCUGUCCCGCUGCAUCCCCGCUCCUCCCGCUACAGCCAGCUCUAAGAUGCCCCGCUAUGAACUGGCUUUGAUCCUGAAAGCCAUGCAGAGGGCUGACCACAGGGCGGCAAUGCGAGACACCCUCCAAGGAAAAUUGGCAGCCUGGGGAACCUAGGACAGAGGAGAAGGUGGCGGUAUUCCCAUGCUGUUCUUGGUUGCUACUUGACCCUUGCGAGCUGGGACACCCGACUGCAACAAAACAACUUUGUAACUGGAACUGAAGUGAACGGACAGUUUGAAAAUACUUUAUAUUAGAGUAUUUCACUAAAAAUGAGGAAGUAUAUCAAUAUUUUAUAAGCAGCAUACUCUUUACCACCACUUCACCUAUAACAAAGGACAAAUACAUAGAAUGUGGCAUAGUCUAAAAGCUAAUUACCUUGUUUCAGCAAAUACCCAGACUAGGGGACCUAUCCACCCACCUCUGUAUACUACGUGGAAUCUGGGUUUUCAGUUUGACUGGCAUGUUCACACAACGUAACUUUUCUUCAGUGUCUGUUUGUUGCCUUUGGAGCGGGUUGCCAUGUUUCAAAAACUCCCUACCCGCUGUGGAGAUUGUUACCUAUUUUAGGAAAUCCAAAGUAAUGGGCAGUAGUGUUGCUUGACAUCUUGACUAUUACGUUUAAUUGCUGUGUAGGCAGCUGCAGCAAUUGGGCUUUUGAUAUCUUAGUUGCUAGGAAGAAAGGGAGGGGGAAAAUGGAGAGGGCAGUAAGCAGGCAGAUACUGGUUUUAUUUUCUUUCCUUUCUGGUGAACCUACCUGUUCUUACAGUUGAAUUGUACAUCUUCCCUACCCCCUCCCCCUCUACUUAGCAGGUUAAAAUUACACAGAAGUUUUCCUGUAUUUCCUUUGACUUUUUUAGUAGACUGAAACAGGCUCCUCUUCGUGCCUAGCAGGGAAGGACCCUUCUGUUGGGGGUGGUGCUGGAAAGAAGACCAAAGAGUUGGAACUAAAAGACAAGACUGGAAAACCAGAAGAACCAGCGUUGACUCUCCUGGUUGGUACAGUAGGCCUCACUAAACUUAGCUGCAACUAAGAAUUUCUCCUACAUCAACUGAGUUAAGGCUGAUGCUCUUGUGGAAUGUGGAUUAAAAGUGCGUGCUAAGUUCCAAAUUUCCAUUUGAGAAGCGGAGAAAGUAAAUGUACCACAACCAGCAGCAUCAGGACAGCAAACCAAGGGACAAAGAAUUUGAUCCACAGUGUUGAUAUAUGUUAACUGGUUCACGUGUUGCUUAAAAGACAUUUGCUGGGGGGCGAGAAGUGGACGCCAGCUGUGCGAAGUCAUUUUGUUUACAAAAAUGAGGGCUUCUUUGGAAACAGCAGACAUUGCCAUUGUGGCACUGUACUUCGUGCUUGUAAUGUGCAUAGGUUUUUUUGCCAUGUGGAAAUACAAUCGGAGCACCGUAAGUGGCUACUUUUUGGCAGGGCGUUCUAUGACCUGGGUAGCUAUCGGUGCCUCUUUAUUUGUGAGCAAUAUUGGAAGCGAACAUUUCAUUGGGCUCGCAGGAUCUGGAGCGGCGAGUGGAUUUGCAGUAGGUGCGUGGGAAUUCAACGCCUUAAUGCUUUUGCAGCUUUUGGGAUGGGUCUUCGUCCCAGUCUACAUCCGGUCGGGAGUAUACACCAUGCCUGAAUACUUGUCGAAGCGUUUUGGAGGGCAUAGAAUUCAAAUCUAUUUUGCAGCAUUGUCUCUAAUUCUUUAUAUCUUCACCAAACUCUCAGUUGACUUGUAUUCAGGGGCACUUUUUAUUCAAGAAUCGCUAGGUUGGAACCUCUAUUUGUCAGUUAUCCUCCUUAUUGGAAUGACUGCACUGUUGACUGUGACUGGAGGUCUUGUGGCUGUCAUCUACACAGACACCCUUCAAGCUCUGCUUAUGAUUAUUGGUGCCCUCACACUUAUGAUCAUAAGUAUUAUGGAGGUUGGUGGGUUUGAAGAAGUUAAAAGAAGGUACAUGUUAGCGUCACCAAAUAUUACAUCUAUCUUGUUAACCUACAACAUUUCCAAUACCGAUUCCUGCAAUGUCGACCCAAAGCCCGAUGCUCUUAAAAUGUUGCGUGAGCCAACAGAUGAAGAUAUUCCCUGGCCUGGAUUUCUGUUGGGACAAACCCCAGCUUCUGUCUGGUACUGGUGUGCCGAUCAAGUCAUAGUUCAGAGAGUUUUAGCUGCAAAAAACAUUGCUCAUGCCAAAGGAUCCACUCUGAUGGCAGGCUUCUUAAAGUUGCUGCCAAUGUUUAUUAUAGUUGUCCCAGGGAUGAUUUCACGAAUACUGUUUGCAGAUGAUAUCGCCUGCAUUAAUCCAGAACACUGUUUUCAAGUCUGCGGGAGCAGAGCUGGAUGCUCUAACAUUGCCUACCCACGUUUGGUGAUGAAACUCGUGCCGGUUGGUCUGCGGGGACUGAUGAUGGCUGUGAUGAUCGCUGCACUGAUGAGUGACUUGGACUCGAUAUUCAACAGCGCCAGCACCAUAUUCACGCUUGAUGUGUACAAACUCAUUCGGAAGAGCGCGACAUCUAGAGAACUGAUGAUUGUAGGAAGAGUCUUUGUUGCGUUCAUGGUAGUUAUAAGCAUUGCCUGGGUCCCGAUAAUUGUAGAAAUGCAAGGUGGUCAGAUGUACCUUUAUAUUCAAGAGGUAGCGGACUAUUUGACCCCACCGGUGGCUGCUCUGUUUCUUAUGGGGAUCUUUUGGAAGCGUUGCAAUGAGCAGGGGGCUUUCUAUGGCGGAAUGGCCGGGUUUGUUCUUGGAGCGGUACGGUUGAUACUGGCGUUUAUCUAUCGUGCUCCAGAGUGCAACCAGCCGGAUACUAGGCCAAGCUUUAUCAAAAACAUCCAUUACAUGUACGUUGCGACAGCUCUGUUCUGGAUCACUGGGAUUGUGACCUUUGUAGUAAGCCUCCUCACGCCUCCGCCUACGAAGGAGCAAGUUCGGACGACCACUUUCUGGGCCGUGAAAAACAGGAACGUAAAAGAGACCGCCGCAAAGGGGGAGCUGUACAAAGUGCAAGAAAAGAGCAUCCUCAAGUGCAAUGAAAAUGCGAACCAUAUCAUUCCAAAUGGCAAGUCGGAAGAAAAUAUUAAAAAUAUUAAGCCGGAGGAUAUCAAUCUUCUGGUUACUUGCAGAGAUGACAGCAACCCGGUGAUUUCUCUGAGUCACUCUGAAGUUGAGACACCAGUUGAUUGUUAUUCGAACGGACAAGCGGCUUUGAUGGGGGAGAAAAAGCAUGAGGAAGAGACUGAUGACAGAGAGAGACAUUUGAAAUUCAUAGACUGGUUCUGUGGCUUUAAAAGUAAAAACAUGAAUAAGAGAGCUGUUCGGGAGAUUGAGGAGGAGACUGUUUGUUUACAAAUGCUGGAAGAGACUCCAAAAGUUAAACUAUUACUAAAUACUGGACUGGUCUGUGUCUGUUCUCUUGGAAUAUUCAUGUUUGUCUAUUUCUCUUUGUGAGUGAAUAGUGAGCUUUUAAGGGUAUGGCUAAACAUACAGAAGUUGAUACAGGUCUCUGGAGAUUUUGUUUGUUGUUGUUUUUUUGUGUUUUUGUUUCUUUUCAAAUAACAUAACCACAACCCAGGCAUUGUUUACGCUAUAAUUGUAAGAUCAACUCAACUUUAGCCUAUUUAGAGACCAUUUGAGACAUGUUGUCCUAUCUCUGCUGAAGGCAGAAUGUGUCGUGUGGAGUCUUUUUCUUCUUUUUUCCCUUUUUUUUUUUUUUCCAUUUGCAGUACUAACCUUUUGUUUUUCCAUGUAUACAUGUAUAAAUAUACCAAAGGCAGGCAGGUGGCUGUGUUUGAAGUCAGGCAGUUACAGAGCUCAGUCAGCAUUAAGGUGAAGAUAACAAGUAAUCAUUUACCGAUGUGUAAAAUCUAAAUGAUUAAAGCUGUGUUUAAAGAUUUUUUUUUUUAAAUGUAGGGCUGCGAUGCAUAUCACUGUGUAGUUGUUCUUUGUACCAUAGCUGUAUUACCUUGGCCAACUUAGCAUUUUUUAAUUUUGCUUACUGCUUCUAGGCUUUUUUUUUCAGUUUCUCAUUUCUCUUAUGGCAACAACAGGAAGAUAUUUUGUCUCAUCUUAUAGCACUUGAAACAUGAUACCUGUUAGUAGCUUUCUGUCUUUUUUCUCUUUGUAAGAAAAUUUUUGUCUUUUGAUUUUAUCCACUGUAAAUUCCAUUAUUGAAAAGUUGCUGUAUUUAAAAAAAAAGGAGAAAAAAAAAAACCCCUGGAGAUGACAAACUGGCAAUGGAGGAGAGGGGGAAAAGGAAAAAAAGAAAUACUCUUAUUUGGGUUUUGUAGUGUAUUGAAAUAGAAGAGUAUAUAUUAAGCCUCUUCAGUCUCCAAACCUUUAGGACAUAAUUAGGCUUAGCCUCUUUUUAGAGAAAAAUCUGUACGUAGGUUCUACCACAUGGGAAAAAGAAGUGUGAGACUUUGCAUGUCUUCAGUGUGGUAAGCAUACUGAAAAAUGACUCUUUUUUUUUUUUUUUUUUCCUCUGCUGUGUAUGUCUAGAAGGAAAUACUCUGCAGCCCUACUGUUGCUGCAUACAAAGUCUAUAAGGGGAGAAAAAAAAGUGGGAAGACGAGAGGAAGGGGAAGUGGGGGGGAAAGAGGUGGAAGUGCUCCUUAUUUUCCAGAGUCCUUUUGCCUCAUGUCUUCUCCCAUCUCCCAUUUCACCCUGUCAAACCUUCUUUUUUAAGGAAUGACUCCUGAGGGAUUCUGUGUCAGGCGAUAAGGAGCGUGCGCGGUUGUAAUCUGUGUCGGCAAUUGAGGUCUGCCUUUAGGAUUCUUCAAAAAAAAAAAAAAAAAAAUUGAGGCUUUUCCCAGGCGAUCACAGCUGAUCAGUAGGUCUCGAGAUGCUGAGGUUCCUUUCUCCCAAAGGAUGGAUGCCCGAGGCAGGGAUGAACAGUUUCCAGGGGUGGAGGAUGUGUGUGCAGCAGGUUGGUGGAACUCAGCAGACUUGAAAGCUUGCAGGGCUUGGUCCGCUUCCCCCUUGGUAAAGCAGGAGAACGUGUUGCCAUCCUGGGCGCUCUCGCCCUUACGCUAAACCAAGUCAGGGGCUGUUUUUGGACACAGAGGGCAGCUGACAGCGUGUGGCUGCACUCACAGUAUUAAACUCCCUUACCCUCCAGGACAGAGUGGUCGUAUCCAGGCUUCCCGUGAAAAUAAUCCCUCCAGUUGUCUUUGCUCCCGAGCUUGUCUCAGGACUUGUUGGGGAGAGCACAAGCUGGCGAGGCCAAAAACGGUCUGAGGGACCUUGCUGAUGGUUCAGCAGCAUCAAUUCAAGGGUCCAGCUAUGUUUCCUUGGCACGUAAACAAGAAGCAAUCCUUAUGGGUGAAGCAGUUGGGUAGAGAUGAAAUUUGGGUUAAUCCUGCCUUUGACUGCCAGAGGAAGUUUGCUUUCCAGUACAGUGGUGCUGUAGGCUGCAGGCCUUCCAAAUAGCUUUUAGUGGUAUGAUGUAUAAUACAUAUUUUCAGAUAAAAUUAUUAUCUUCAAUUUUUGUGGGGUUUUUUGUUUGUUUUGGUGUUGAUUUAAAUCAAUUGAAUCCCAUUCAUUCAGCGACUUUAAACAGAGGCUGAGGUGCCCCACCUUUCUCCACUUUGUUUAGUUGUUGCCACCGGAAAGUAGACUACUCUUAACUGGAAGUACAGUAGUAUGUGUAGGAGUGGUGUUGCAAUCUAUGUAGAAGAGGAGAGUUACCGUACCUGAGUCUUGAUGUUAAUACCAAUGUGAUGACGCAUUUUCUUAUGGUUCGUGUGGCUGGCUUAAUUUAGAAAAAUAUUUUGAAUCUCUUUUAAUGGUAAAAUUGUAUGUGAAAUAUGUUAAUGGCAUCUCAAGUUACUUCAUUAGUGGGCUGAGUUGGGAAGGACAGUACUAUAUGAAAGAUGUAAAACAUAGUUAACUGUUUCUAUGCAGGAUAAAGUAAUUAGGGCAAAAUUUGAUCUUAUUGGGAUGAAAAAUAACUUGUGGAGGGCAAAGAUGAGUCUCACUCCAACAAUACCUUCUUGAAAAGGCUGGAAUCUGGCUAACAUGCCUAAUUUGGCACAGGGAAAGAGACUCGUGUACCAGGCACUGUCCCUUAGGAACUUGGCACGUCUUUUUAUUAGCGACUGGUACUUGGAUUUUCCAAACCGGUCCUCUUUCCUGUCAGUAUUAACAAAUGCAUUGCCACCUAACCUGUGAAGCCAGGUUAGCUCAGGGACCCUUUUGCUCGGCUGCCAUUGCUUCAUCUGUGCUUGCUUUUUUUCCCAGGGUGCCUUACGUGGUUAUGAAGCUGAAGGCAUGGCUUUUAUUGCCACCCGAAGAGUGGUUUGCUUAUAAUGGCUUUCCCCAGCUUGUUUUUCCUCCUCUCUUUCCUGCCCAAGUCAUUUGCUAUUUAAAGAGAACACUUCAAUGAGUUAAUACACAGGAUGCCUGUAUCCUGUUCAGUGUAACUGCAGUCAGAUCCACGGUGAAAUUCUGUCGACUGCGGUAGCGAGUCACAAUCCUUCGCAAAUGCAAGGUGCAGCCUUUGACUGUUGAAUCUGAGAUACUCCAUCUCCCAGUUAAUGUGUUCUCACUUUUGCUAAACUAACAAGUUGCCACAUUAAUCACAGUGGUAAUUGGCAGUCAGUCAGGAUCUUAAUAAAGUAAUACUUUGCAUCCCCCUCCAUUUUUAGACCUGUUAUUGUGAAGAAGCUUUUAAGCAAAUUAUUUCUCCAGUACUUUUUCUCUUCAGUCAUUUAAAAAUGUGCUUCUAUGCUACUCUCUGCCUAAUGCCGGCCUCUUCAGGCAUAUUCUGUUGUCAUGUCUCAGAGGUCAUAGAACUUGCUAAUGUCCUUUGCUACAAAUAACCACUUAAUAAAAGGCCUUUAUUAGGAAAAAAAGAAAUUAUAAGGCUUCAAGCAAACCAUCUGUUGGUGAGCAAGUACCUUGCCUUGUGUUAUGGACCUUAGUGUAAGAAGCUGCUUGAGGAUUUUUUUAUAGCGUAAACAUGCCUUUGCUAAUCUGAUGAUGAUGAUCUACAUGGAAGAGCUGUUAACCCAGGUUAAUACAUUUUGGUUUAAACACUAACUUUUUGGUCCAGUUGAACUACAAAGCGUCUCCCAUAAUGGACAAUCAGUUCCAUCUAUUUUAAUGCCUGGCUGCCGCCUCCUCGUUGGGACCGGCUAAUCAUGCAGGGGUAGAGCCAGGAGGACACGUGCUUCUGUCUUGCAGCGAUUGGUUUAUUUAUUGCCUCGAGCUUAGAACGACAGUCUUGAAAAACUUAUUUUGGAAUGACACCUUUUGUUGUUGUUGUUUCCCUUAACUUAUUUUUCUGUUAAGAUAUUUGAAUUUGCUCCCAGAAGUUUGUUAGAAGCCUUUUAUUUAAAACAGGGAAAAAAAAAAAAAAAAAGAGGAGGCUUCUUGAGAGCUUAAUUGUACAUUCUGGGAGGCUGUUCUUAUUUAAUUUUUUUUUUAAAUGAAUGAUUUGAUGUUACUCUGCCAAAGUUUAGGGGUCUUCUGUUGGGCGUUUUUUGUAUUUUUUCCUGUUAGCUUUUACUAAUACCUGAAAGGAAACGGUGAGAGAUUGUAAGAAAUUAAAAUGGCCUUCAGUAUACCACUUCUGUAUCUUCUACUUCUCCACUUCUGUGUUCCCCUUUCCACCCUAAUCCCAGAAGGGCCAGCAUGAGACUUCUGAUGCAAGUCAUGAGAGUACUGUAACUGCGUAGUGAAAAGGAUUUCCCACAAGGUUACGGUGAAGCAGGCAGAGCCAUCAAAGGAUCUCUGCGCGAAUACUUAAAGCAGAAGAUGCUUACGACUUUAAAACGUACAGCUUUAUUUUUUUUAUAUAUCUAUUUUUUUAAAUCCUAAGAUAAAGGAGGUGUUGGGAGAUGCUCCCUUUCAGAGAACAGGAUACAUGGAAGAAGUUGGAGUUGCGAAGCUCUAGCUUUCUUGAGGAAAUCUUUGGAUUUAGCAUGUAUAGCGAAGCAAAAAUACUCAUCUGUUAAUUUGGUAAUUCUGUAUGUUCUGUGCCCUUAAAUGUAAUUGUUUUGAAAAUAAAACUAACCUUGUUAUGUGAUGUUAAAAAGCAGACUUGUGUGCAAUGUUUUAAAUUUUUUUUAAGAAAAUGUUUGUAUAUAAUUAAAUGGUUUAAUGUGCUUUAAUUGGCCUAAGGUAAAGAGUAGUCCUAGAAUGUAAACAUAUAUAAUUAGGAUUUCUGAUUUCACUGUGAGAUCUCUGAACUCUCUUGUUUUGCAAAAGUGGUUUGUUUUGUUUACAAAACACUUUCUAUUAUUUCUUUUAUGGUGUUGGUUUAAAGCAUUUGCUUCACUUCUGUUCUAAUAUUGAAUUCAUGGUAUAGUGACAUCUGGUGACACUUAGCAUUAUCAGUUUCACUGUGUAAAGUCAGACACUUUGAGCAAAAAUGGUAAUGAUAUGACAAUUCUCUGUGUCUAUGAAUACACGUUUUUAAAUGAGGUGGUUAUAAAAAUAGUUGCUGUGCAAAAUGUUAGUAGUCUUCUUCAAGAAGAAAGCAAAUUUUCUAAUAUCACUAGAGCAGUCUCUUCAUUCAUCUUAUUUUUAAAGCACAGUGUCAAAGUGAUGCUGCUUUACCUUGUAUCUCUGAUAUAAUGUUUUUUUAGAUAUCUGUGAAGUAUUUUUGGUUUUUGUUGCUGUUGUAUUUUUCUGCAGAUUUUAUAUAAAAUACCAGUUAAUGAACUGCCUUUUUGGUUUUUUUAACUAUUCAACUAAAAUACAUUUCAGACCAAAACCAAAUGAUAUCAUAUAGCAUUUGAAACCUGCCUUUUUUUCUUGUCCCUUGUUUUUUUUGAAAUAAGCCAAAUGGGCAUGUAGAUAAGAUCACUAUAAUGGAUCCAGGUCUCUUUUGGUAAAGUGUUAUUUCAAGGUCUGUUAAGAUCUUAUAAGACAAUAUACUGAAAAAAAAAUAUUGUAGUAGGAAUAUAGAUUUAGAAGUGUUAAUGAGACUAAUACAGCUUAAUUAUAUUGUAAGUUGCUACUGUCCAUAAUGACAAGCUUUUUGUCAUAGAAACGAUGUAUGAUAAAUUUAAUUUUGGUCUAGUGUAUAGAAUUAUCAUAUUGCUAUAAAUCUUUGAAGUAAAUCUGAUGCAAAAUUUUCAUAGUUAGCAUUGCUGGCCCUGUGUAUACUGUUCUUUGUAUACUGUAUGCAUAUUAUUUUGCCUACUGCAUUAGUCUUCAAACUAAAACUCUUAUUAGAGAGUACUUGGAUACUUCAGACUGUGUUUCUUGCAGUUUACAUUCCUUUACCAUGGCAUUUUGUCCUGUCUAAAAGUAUUGUAUGGAAAUGUUUAAAACUUCUGUACAAAGUUUCAAUAAAAAUAGAGAAAAAAACCCAAAA